AGGGGGCGCGGUGAUGAGUGCUUCACGGAUACAUGAGUCACUUCCGGUAAACUUUUCGGAAGUAGGCUGGAGUUUCGGCUCAGAAUUUGUUUUGUUCGUAAGAUCGAAUUUUCUUAGGGACUCGUUGUGAUUAAAAGCCAGUUUCACAAUGGUGAAGAUCUUUGUGGGCAAUCUGCCCCAAGAGGCGACAGAGGAGGAGAUCAAGGCUCUUUUCGAUGAGUACGGCACUGUCACUGAGUGUGCCAUUGUCAAAAACUUUGCCUUCGUCCACAUGGAUGACCGCAAAGCGGCCACCAAAGCCAUCAAGAAUCUGCACCAGCACAAGCUCCACGGCACAGCCAUCAACGUGGAGGCCAGCCACGGGAAGAACUAUGGUCCAGUCAAGAUUCAUAUUGCAAACGUGGAAAAGGGAUGCGACGAUGAGCUGCGGGCUCUCUUUGAAGAGUACGGUACGGUCUCAGAAUGUGCAGUUGUGAAGAAUUUUGCUUUUGUACACAUGCCCAACUAUGAUGAGGCCAUGGAUGCCAUCAAAGAACUGGAUAACUCUGACUUUCAAGAGAAACGCAUCCAUGUUCAGGUGUCCAAGAGUCUGCCCAAAUAUGAGGAGUAUGAAGAAUACCCUCCUGCCCCACCUCCCCCUCCUCAUCUCCCAGAAAGGGGCGGCUACUGGCCUCCUCGAUAUCCAGGAGACAGACCUGAGCCUCCUCCACCCAGCUACAUGAGGGGUCGUUAUAUGCCGCCAGGUUACCCCGCCCCUCCUGUGCCGCCCCCUCCCCCAAGACGAGCCGUUUAUCCUGAACGUCCCUAUAGCGCUGAUAGAUAUAGUAUGAUCGAUUACUACGAGAAGUACAGAGCCCGUGCAUAUGGCAUGUAUUCAUAUGAUGCUCGACGUUCUGGCGUCCCACCUCCUCCUCCGCCUCCCCCUCCACCCCCAGCCGCCGUCCGCGACCGUGUAAUGAGCUCGUCGCAUGACCCAUAUGAGCGUCGGCCCCUGCCUCCGCCUCCACCUCCCCCGACUUCAUACUACGCUCGAGACCGCAGCCCCAUCAGGAGGGGGCCCGGCGCUCCGAUGCCUCCCGCCAGUAACGGCUAUUCCUACGAACGUUCUCAACUUUCUCCGGGGACACGGCCCCCUGCACCUGUACGGAACACCUACGCGGCCCGGCUGCCUCCACCGCCAGCACGCUACGCUUAUUAGGCGAAACGUCUUCAUUUAAAGGCUUGUUGUCCUCCUGCGUUGCUGUUUGCCAUCACUUCAUUUACACAAAUUUGUCAUCUGACUGCGGACGAGCGCGCUUUGUUUCCAUUCGACGGGAGGAACCUUUUUGAAUAUGUCUUUUAAAAAUUGGAAUAAUUUUUUAUCGGAGAUUGUUUUUACACUCCUUUCUUCUCAGAUUGUUAAAAUAUUUUGUAAGAAAUGUAAAGAUUGACGUCCCAUUUAGGCGUGCAUUUUUGUGGUCCUCUGAUCUGAUCUGUGUGUUCAUGCCGGGCAGCGUCUUAAGUAAUCAUUUUUAGUCUCAAAAUAAUCCUUUUUCCUUUCCUUUCCAUGUUGUUUUGAAAACAUAGUCUUUGAGAAAGAAGCAUUUUUAUUUUAUUUGUGAAUAAUUCAGAAGUAAAUGCUUUCAGAGACUUUAUAAUUGUUUGAAGUGACGGUUUAAAUCUUUGUUUUGGUUAAACACAACAGCCAAAGUCGUUCCACUGAUCUUUAGUUUCAUCAGCGACUCGCCGUCCUCUUCCGUAUCAAAAUCCAAAAGUUGUCGUGUCAAAGCCUUAAAAUUAAAGUUUAAUAAAAAGAACUUUGCUGAGGGUAAUUGACCCUUUCCUUGGGGGAAGGGGGUGACCUUCAGAAUGACAGGUAAGUCCAGGAUUACUUUUGUAGAGUCAUCACUCAGUAUGUUUCUGUUAAAGGGUGAGUAUUACAGAGUUCCAAAAGCAUCAGAACAGUGAUGACAAAUGCUUUCAUUUAUGACCAAAACCUUGUUUUUCUUCUUGUUUUGCAAACAAAAGAAUCUAGAACUACGAGUCACAUGCUGUCUUAUGUUCCAGGUAACUAUUUAAAACUGACCCACAACUUACAAGUUCUGUUUGUCCAUGCACAAGUAUUUAGACGUGUCUGACAGCACUGAACUGCUGUGAAGAGAGGUUUGCCUUUUCGAUUUGGAGUUAUGAUGUAACCAGCAGAAUAACAAUAGAGCGGUCUGAGUGAAAGCCAUCAGCUGAUAGAAGAGUAAAAUCAAGGCUAUGGCACACAAUUCAACCACCAGUUAUGUUUAAAAGAAGCCACUAAUGUAUCACCAAAAAGAUACUGGUGAUUUAAAAAUAUUUAUUGCAUUUAUUAUUAUAAAGGUAAAUUUCAGAAACCGGUGUUUUUUAAAGACCCACUCUGAUGAAACAUGAUUUUAACAUGUUAUUGUUGUACUUUUCUGAUGAUGGACAUUUUUAAAUAAAAAUUCUGAUAGAAA